GUAUGACAUUACUUUGAUGUAAACUAUACGGAAACCUUUCUAGCUCCUUUUCCCAAAAUUAUCACAACAAAAUGUCCAAGAGAGGACGUGGAGGUUCCGCGGGAGCGAAGUUUCGCAUCUCACUGGGUCUGCCAGUAGGAGCAGUAAUAAACUGCGCAGAUAAUACUGGAGCAAAGAACUUGUAUGUCAUAGCUGUCCAGGGUAUCAAAGGACGCUUGAACAGACUGCCUGCUGCUGGAUCUGGUGACAUGAUUGUUGCUACUGUUAAGAAGGGUAAACCAGAACUCAGGAAAAAGGUAAUGCCAGCAGUGGUAAUCAGGCAACGAAAACCAUUCAGAAGGCGGGAUGGAGUGUUCAUAUACUUUGAGGACAAUGCAGGUGUUAUAGUGAACAAUAAGGGAGAAAUGAAGGGAUCUGCUAUCACAGGACCUGUAGCAAAGGAAUGUGCCGAUCUCUGGCCCCGUAUCGCGUCUAACGCGAGUUCUAUAGCCUGAAUAUAUGUUAAGAAUUAAAA